AAGAGAUGGAAAAAAGAUUUGAACAGUAAGCUUAACUCAGAUGGGUUGAGCUCAUGAUAUAAAGUAACCAUGGUUUUGAGGUUUUGGGUAUGGCAGAGUGCGGCAGAAGAGACAGAAAGCUAACCAUGGUUACAGAACGUGGGUUAGUUUCUCCUUCAGAACCGGAGAGGUAGGUUUGGGGUUUGUCGAGCUCGAGAACUUUACAGGAAGAAGAAGGCUGCCCCUGUCUCUCUGUAUAAAACCAUCAACAACACAACUCUCUUUGUUUGUCAUUAACAAAAACAUACAAAAAGGGAAAUGAAGAUCAACUUCUCACCGAUUCUGUGAAUCUCGAUCAUUUCUUACAUCUAGUCUUCUUCCUAAUCUCUCUUUUUCUCAUCCCUUUGAAGCCAUCUCUUUCUGAUUUUGAUCAGAUAUCAACGAAAGGUUCUGACUGCAGAACCGUUUGAACUCAGAAGUCAGAACUGUGACUUCUUUCACAUUUCCAGUUUUUCAUAUUUCAAACGCUUAUUUUGUACCUAAAAUUCUGGUAACAAUGGGACUCUCCAGCCUUCCUGCCCCUUCUGAAGGAGUACUAGGUGUGAUCCUUGUAAAUACAGCCUUAUCCAUUUCUAUCUUCAAAGGCAUAGUUCGGUCAAUCCUCCAUGUUGUUGGCAUCCAUCUCUCCUCGUCCUCAGCUACAUUACCUUCGUCACCAGAUUCUAUGGAGAAUGCUCCCGAGUCCAUAGAGUUUCAUCUUAACCCCAAUGGAAGUUACAUUGAAGAGUUCCGCAGCCGAAUCCCGGCAAUUCUUUUCGACAAAGUUCGAAGCUGUAAAUGGCUUGAACACGAUUGCUCAGUUUGCCUAACCCAAUUUGAACCUGAAUCAGAGAUAAAUCAUUUAUCUUGUGGCCAUCUUUUCCAUAGCGUGUGCUUGGAGAAGUGGUUGGACUACUGGAACCUUACAUGCCCACUGUGUCGAACUCCGUUAAUGCCAGAAGAAGACACAGCUUCCUGCUUUUGGUGAGAGGAUUAUUAAUACGAUGGUUGAGGAACUUCUUACCAUUGUACAGCAGCAUAGUGUAGAUAAACUUAAAAAGUGCAUCCGCAGGCCAUAGCAUUUGUACCUUUCAUAUGCAUGAGGAGUUGGAAGCGUGAUGAGUGUGGUUGGGUCUCGGACCCUAGUUAUUUCAUUGUAAAUAUCAAGCUUUCUGCUUUUUGAUCUUUUUCCUUUUUGGUGUUUAUGCAGUCUUGAGACUGGCUUUUACAUUUCAAGUUAAUGCAGCUACUUCCCUUUAUCA